AUGGCUUCGUCUACGCCGGAUGCGGCUGCGACCCUGGAGUACACGCCGACGUGGGUUGUGGCGCUCGUGUGUUCUAUCAUCGUCAUUAUCUCUCUCUGCGCUGAACGGUUCCUCCACUAUCUCGGCAAGGUGUGACACGACUAAUUCUCUCUUCUGUGCACGUAUCACUGUGGGCCGCUUGUGAUUUUCAUUGGUCUUCUUGCCAGUUGUCUUCUCUUAGCCUCUUCGAAUUCUCUUGUGACCUUUGUCAUCUGGAUCAUCUUUCAGUAUUUGAAGCGUAAUCAGCAACCCGCGCUCUUUGAGGCCUUGCUGAAACUAAAAGAAGGUCAGAUAUAUAUCCCACACUCCAUUCUUUCUUUCUUUCUUUCUUUCUUUCUUUUCAAUUAAUUUUUAUUUUCUGCAAAACUUGCACCCCACAUUGGCCUCCGUUGAUUGUAUACAUAGAAGUAUAUAGAUCUCACGCAUUAUAGUUAGUUUACAUUGUACGUGAACAACCUCAUCUGCGCAGGUCAUAUGAUCAGUACGGUUAUCCUGUAUAUUUUAAAGCUGAAAACUCGAGCUCAUAACCGAAUUAUUUACACCGUUUUGAUUUCGUAGGAGGAAUAAACGGGCACAUUUUUUAUUGAUUCCCUUCGUUGUAUCAUAUCAAUUUGAGCUUUAGUGCAUCAGAUAUCUCUAGUUAGAUAAUCAAUUUCUGAUCACAAGUAAUCCUAUAGACUCCUGUCAACCUGUGAUGGGGCUCGAAAAUUCCAGACCAGGGGACUUGGGAAUUGAAAAGUUUAGUUGUCAUACAAAAAUCAGUGGAAGGGAACAGGCCUAUCAAAUUAUCAGCCAGAAAAUAAAUGAAAUUUCCAGAAUUAGUUUCAUUAUCGCGUCAUGAGUGACAUUUACCAAGUUUUCCAGUUCGAAAAAUAAAAUUAUAUAUAUAUAUAUAUAUAUAUAUAAAUAGUUGAUCCCUUUCUGUUUCUCGAGUUCCUACAUCUCAUGCUAUCUAUUGUUGCAGAACUGAUGCUGCUAGGAUUCAUCUCCCUUCUGCUUACCGUCUUUCAAGGUGUGAUCAGCAAUAUAUGUAUCUCUGCAAGUUUAUCAUCUCACAUGCUUCCUUGCAAGAGAGAGGAAUCCUCGGCCACUGAUCAAGUACAUAAGAGGUUGCUGUCUGAGGGUUCUGGCUCUGGAUAUUGCCUGCGUCAGGUUCCACUUUUGUCUUUGCUACAAUGGAAUGAAGGAUUCAUAUUUGUUCAGUUUUACUUCCUUUUUUACAUUAUUUUUUUUAUUAUGUUUCCAGGGAAAGAUUCCAUUGUUAUCUAUCGAGGCCUUGCAUCAGCUUCACAUAUUUAUCUUUGUCCUGGCAGUUGUCCAUGUUAUAUUCUGUGCCACCACCAUGGUUCUAGGCGGGGCGAAGGUAACUUAGCCAUUUUAUAAUUCUUCCCCAUGAACAUAUUUUCUACUAAUGUGGAAUUAACCCAGUGUUAGUAAUAUGUAGAUACAAAGAUGGAAACACUGGGAGGAUUCAAUUAGGAAUGAGAAUAUAAAACAAGAAAAGAGUAAUGAUUUACUUAUUUGUGCUGUGAUCUCUGCAUUUCUUUUAAGCUGUUGGUGGGUUAUCCAUCCGCUUAUCCUCUUUGUUUAUGACAUCAACUUCUUCCAGAUAAAACCCACAAGCACGCCCAUCUUCACGUUGAUUUUGUUGCAAAACGUGGAAAAGGACAUUGGAGGAAGACUGCUGUUAUAGGCUGGACGGUAACUCAUUUUCUUUUCUUUCUUCUGGUAAUUAGUUUUUUGCUGGGUUCUUCUAUGGGUAUGACUCUCUUUCAACUAGAUUUAUUUUCUUCCUACGUCAUCUAUCAUCACCCUUAUUUUAGCAGAUUUUAUAGACAUCAAUAUGAUUAACUAUUGUUAUUACUCGAGUUGAAGAUCCAAGUUGACUGAUGCUCGCUUCAUCUGUCCCAAUUCUAGAUGUCAUUUUUCAAACAGUUUCAUGCUUCUGUGACUAAAUCAGACUACAUUGCCCUGCGAUCAGGAUUCAUCAUGGUACCCCCUUACCAUUCGAUUAUGUGGCUUUUGAUGGAAUUUGUUGAUCAAAUAUUUAUCCUUCCAUGGUUGAGUAAAUCUCUGGCUCAAUUCUUUGUCCAUUGUAGAAACAUUGUCGCUCAAACUCAAACUUUGACUUCCACAAGUAUAUGAUGCGCACGCUUGAAGCUGAUUUUAAGAAAGUUGUGGGAGUCAGGUGGUGACCCUUGAAUAUGUGCCGCCACUUAGUUUAUUUAUUCAUCUUCCAGUCCCACAGCAUCUCAUUCUGUAACUUGUUUGCAGCUGGUAUCUGUGGCUGUUUGUUGUAUUCUUCCUAUUGCUGAAUGUGGAUGGUAUGAUCUACUGCACACUUGAUGGCAUAGUGACGAUUAUUUUUUCCAUGAUAAAUAUUUCUUGCCGGGGUCGUGAGUAUUAUUUCUUACAUAAUAAAUGUUUUCUUCUCGUUUUCCUUUUUUUAUCUUUCUUUUCUAGAACAUAAACAAAAUAUCUUUUUAUUUACUUUGUUUUCUCUAAAAUGCUGCAGAUGAUGAUCUUUUGAUUUAUUUAUCUUUAUUAUAAAUUCAUGAUGCAGGAUGGCACACGUACUUCUGGUUAUCUCUUCUGCCUCUAAUUGUGAGUUCCUAGAAUCUUAGCAUCACCUUUCAUAUCCAAUCUCUGCAACCUGAUCUACGGCAAAACCCAUCUUUUCUGCCUCUGGUUGCAGCUCCUGCUUGCUGUGGGGGCGAAGCUCGAGCACAUAAUCACCCGUCUUGCGCAGGAAGCUGCAGCGCAGAGAACUGACGAUGCCGGGGGAAUGCGGAUCAAACCAUCUGAUGAAUAUUUUUGGUUCCACAGGCCUGGGAUCGUUCUCUACUUGAUCCAUUUCAUCUUGUUCCAAAAUUCAUUCGAAAUAGCAUUUUUCUUCUGGAUAUUGGUAAGAAAACUAUUACCCACCAUUAUCGGUAAUUAGUAUUGACCAAACCCGGGACUUAAUCUCUACUUGACUUUUUCUUUUAGUCAACGUAUGGCUUCGAUUCCUGUAUCAUGGAAGAGGUCCGCUACUUAGUUCCUAGGCUUAUCAUAGGGUAAUGAUAUUUAAUCAGCGCAUUAUAUUCUCCAUACAUUUGAUAAUCCCAGUUGCCGAGUGACAGCUUACUAUAAUCACAGGGUGAUCAUCCAAGGGCUCUGCAGUUACAGUACUUUACCCCUUUAUGCGAUCGUCACUCAGGUAGAACAUGUUCUGUUCUACCUCGCCAUCUAUAUAUAGUAUAUCAAGAUCCCUCUUUUUUUUUCUUUUUUUUUUUCUGCGUGCUGAUAUCAUUUGGUGCGAGCCCAGAUGGGUGACAACUUCAAAAGACAGAUUUUUGAUGAGCAAGUGCAAGAUAAGAUUCAGGGCUGGGCUAUGAGCGCAAAGGGGCGGAAGAAGUCACAAGCUGGGCUGUCAUCAGUCUUCAAGGGCUUUCUCUCCGGAAAAACAGAAGAUGAUGCAAGUGUUGGUGGGCCUCGGAAUCAAAUAGUCUCUGAAUCGGCUCACAGCGCUCAGCAUACGGUCAACGUUGGGGAAAUCGUGGAGUCUGUGAGCGAGAACUCCGAUCUGAGGCCAUCUUCUUGA